AUGUCACACUUUUUUCCCAGCGCUGAGUAUGCGGAAGACCAACCUCUGGCGCGAAUUAUUCUCGCCACCCACGUCCUCUCCCGCGGCUUCCAGCUUGGCACGGCAGUCGGCCUACUGAGUAGCAGUGCUGAAGCCCUGAAAAAAAGCCAAUCCAUCACUUGUCCCAUUCUUCUUCGCUCGGCGGGUGUCGGAGGGGCCAUCGGGGCCGGAAUAACAGGAAUUGGCCUCAUCGCACACAUGUGGGGCCGAGGCGAGAUAGAAUGGAAAGACCGCAGUUGGCGGUUACGGUACAACUCAGACCAGUUGGCCAUUGACAACUGGGGUGAGCCGGCAGCAGCUCUAGGGGUGCUUACAGUGGUUUUACGGAGGCCUUCGGGGGUUGCUAUGGGGGGGUUGGCGUAG